AAAGCUAGCCAGGUUUUUCCCUAACACCAAUCCACUCUUCCGCUCCUUUUUUCUCGACUCUCCACCUCUGUCCCCACCCCAGAUUCCCGUUCCAUUUUCCCAAUCACUUAAUUGAGCAACUGGGAUUCCUCACGUGCGGGGUUGAUUUGUAGUUUGAACACGUGGCUCAUUCAGAAAAGCCGGAAUAGCAAAGGUUUUUUUUUUUUGCUUCCCCUUCUUCUUGGUUUUAUUGAGGCGGGCGAGAGAGCCUUACCGUCUGUGACAUUAUCCUUCUCUUUGCUAACGGGUUUGGUGUAAAACAAAAAGUACUUUGCCCCUUUUUUUCACCCAGCCCGUCAUCGUGUGGAGAGACGAAUUAAUAAUUCAAAUUUAUUUAUUUUUUUGCGCGAUAAAAGGGGCGAGGGAGCGCAAACGCGACGAGGUUGCCCGUCAAGUAUAUCUGUGGCUUGAACGACAGGGGAACCACGCCACAGUCACUCCGUUUGAUAGUAAAGCGAUAUAUGCAGGCAAUUCCGAACCUUGUAAACCCGAGAGAGCGAAUAACGGUUUCCUCUUGCGUAAAGAUUGUCUAUUUCAGCGUAGAACAUGAAUAAGCUAUACAUUGGUAACGUGAGUGAAGAGGCGAGCGCGGAAGACUUGGAAACUAUCUUUGAGCAGUGGAAGAUUCCGCACAGUGGUCCAUUUCUUAUAAAAACUGGUUAUGCGUUCGUGGAUUGCCCAGACGAAAAGGUUGCAAUGAAGGCCAUUGAUAUUCUUUCAGGUAAAGUUGAACUUCAUGGGAAACUUCUAGAGGUGGAGCAUUCGGUCCCUAAACGCCAAAGGAGCUGUAAACUGCAGAUCAGGAACAUCCCACCUCACAUGCAGUGGGAGACCCUCUCUUCCUCUCAGGUCCUGGACGGCCUGCUCGCUCAGUAUGGUGCUGUGGAGAACUGUGAACAAGUGAACACAGACACAGAGACUGCCGUUGUCAAUGUCAGAUAUGCAGCUAAAGACCAGGCCAGACUGGCGAUGGAGAAGCUGAACGGAUUCCUUAUGGAGAACUACGCCUUGAAGGUGUCAUACAUACCGGAUGAAAACGCUGCCCCCGAUGCUGUCCCCCUGGGGGGCAGGCGGGGCUUUGCCCCCAGAGGCUCUUCCCGGUCGGGAUCCCCGGGCCUGGGGGCGCGGCCCAAGCUGCAGUCGGACGUUCCCCUCCGCAUGCUGGUGCCCACCCAGUUCGUAGGGGCCAUCAUCGGCAAGGAGGGGGCCACCAUCCGCAACAUCACCAAACAGACCCACUCAAAGAUUGACAUCCACAGGAAAGAGAACGCAGGCGCUGCAGAGAAGCCCAUCACGGUCCACUCCACCCCGGAGGGCUGCUCCAACGCCUGCAGGACCAUCAUGGAGAUCAUGCAGAAGGAGGCGGUGGACACCAAGUUCACGGAGGAGAUCCCGCUGAAGAUCCUGGCGCACAAUAACUUUGUGGGUCGACUAAUCGGGAAGGAAGGACGAAACCUGAAAAAGAUUGAGCAGGACACAGAGACGAAGAUCACCAUCUCUCCCCUGCAGGAUCUGACUCUCUACAACCCCGAGAGGACCAUCACAGUGAAGGGCUCCAUCGACGCUUGCUCCCGCGCCGAGGAGGAGGUGAUGAAGAAGGUCAGGGAGUCGUACGAGAACGACUGCGCCGCCAUGAACCUGCAGUCUAACCUGAUCCCUGGGUUGAAUCUGAACGCGCUGGGUCUGUUUCCGGGCGGGGCUCCCGGUAUGCCCCCUUCCAUGGCCAACGCCCCCCCUCCUGGUGCCCAGGCAGGAGGCUACUCCUUUGGGAGCAGUCCCUUCGGGGGCGAAGCGCCAUUUUGGGCGUCUAUGCUGUCGGCGAGCAGCCAGCCCCUCUCCGUUCAGGGCCAGCAGGAGUCGGAGACGGUGCACCUAUUCAUCCCAGCACUGGCGGUGGGCGCCAUCAUCGGCAAACAAGGUCAACACAUCAAGCAACUGUCGCGCUUCGCUGGAGCGUCAAUCAAGAUCGCGCCAGCAGAUGGGGCAGACGCCAAGCAGAGAAUGGUCAUCGUUGCGGGACCGCCAGAAGCCCAGUUCAAGGCUCAGGGGCGUAUCUUUGGGAAGUUGAAGGAGGAGAACUUCUUUGGGCCCAAGGAGGAGGUGCGGCUGGAGGCUCACAUCAAGGUGCCAUCCUUCGCCGCAGGACGCGUCAUCGGCAAGGGAGGAAAAACGGUGAACGAGCUCCAGAACCUGACCAGUGCUGAGGUGGUGGUCCCCAGGGAGCAGACCCCAGACGAGAACGACCAAGUGGUGGUCAAAAUCACUGGACACUUCUAUGCAAGCCAGCUGGCCCAGAGGAAGAUCCAGGAAAUCCUGUGCCAAGUACGGCGGCAGCAGCAACCCAAACCCUCGCCUGGGGCCCAGCCCCCCCUCCCCCGCAGGAAGUAGACGGGCCCACUGCGGUGGCUGGUGACGGAACGCGGCCCGAAGAUGGACACGGAACGGCAUGCGGCUGAAAUGGAGACCAGAGGGGGGAACAGGAUACGGGACACGCUCAUCUCAGGGGUCAAGGGUUGCUGAAGCCCUUCUGUAUAAACCCCGACCCCCCUCUCUCCUGGACUGACACCUGGGUGGAUAUGACCCCUCCCCCCAUUCCGCCCUGCACCCCUCACCUCUGCAUCUCUGUGAGAAUGUACUUCUGAGGGUUAAGAUCCACGUCACCCCCACCCCAAACACACACACACAACACACCUCGCCCCAUCUCCCUUGCCCUUUUCCCAUGGGUGUUUUCCGAUUCUUGUUUUAAUUUUAUUUUUAGGGGGGGACGUUAGGAAACACGGGAAGAAACGAGCCCAUCUAAUCACCUCCCUGGUGUGGUACUCAACCUCACAUGUCGACAGACAUUUCAUUUGACUUUUUAUUUCCUUCUGGCCUGAAUGGAGUGUUUGUGUAAUUGGUUGAAGCUUUGAUAUUUUGUUUUCUUUUUUUUGGAAAUGCAUUGCUUCGAGUCCUGGUAGGACUAGGAGAAGGGUUUGGGGGGAGGGGGUGAUACUCUUGUGUUUGGGACAGGACCCGCCAGCGGGGAUAUGAAUACGUGGAAGCCUGUCCCUGUAUCAAUAGUGGCAUUUUAUAAAUUCGGAUGCAUUUUAUAGAUAUACCUAGAGGGGCGAGGACAGCACCGUUGUUGAUACCCAACGGAUGUGUUGCAACGGUGUUGGACAGGAAACCAAUUUAAUAUGCAUUUUACCGAACUACCUCAGGAUCUAGUACCUCAGAAAAAAUGAUUAUAUAUAUAUAUAUGAAAAAAAAUAUUCUUUUUGUGCUUUUUUUUUUUUUGCUUUGUGGUAUUUUGUAUACUUUAUAAAGCUAAUAGUUCUUGAACAUUUUUAUUUUUUUAAGAAAAUUUAAAAUUUGGUCGGCUGCCAACUGAUCUGCCUUCAACUCUAUUCCUCUGGGCGUGGCGCGGUGUGGGCACAGCGGCGUGUAGACGACGCAUGUUUGUGCGCCAACGGUGAUCAAGACGAUCCUGUACAUAACGUCUGUCUGUACAAAGAGCCCGGAGUGGAGUUGUUGCCCCUCUGCAGGCGGCUGACAGGAGUUAUCAAGAUAAAAAUUGCCUCAUCUUUCCUGAGGAAUCCACCAUCUUUUGAAAUCCAUUACAACAACUAUCUUUAGAGAACGUUGAAUUAUGCCAAUCGUACGUACUGCAGCUGCAGCUGAUUGGGACAUACUAACUUGACGGUACAUUUCAUUUCAAAUUGUUUUCCCUCAUUUAGCCUUUGUAGUAGGACGGAGAGUGUGGUCCUAGCUUUGCUCUUCUGCGCCCUACUGCUGUAAAAACAGAAACACAAGGCAGUGACCUUAUGUGUCCAUCUCGCCUGCUUAGAACUUGGAACCGUCUCCAUGUGGCAUCAGUUUCAGACAGAGGUCAAAGUGCUCUACAGCCAGACCUGUUUAAGUUUUCUUUUUCUUUCAUAGAGCAAGCUUUGCCUGGUGUGGUGGUCUGCGUAGGUGUGUAGCCUCCAGGUCAAUGUUUGGUGUCAUUCACUGCAUGGUGAGAAUCGGGGGAGUCACACUGAUGGAUGCUUUAGGUUUAGUUUUUUUUGCGAUGGGAAAUUAGGAUAAUUUGCCUAACCGUGAGCAGCAACAGCAGAUGUAUACCUUGACGUGAAUAAUUUGUCAUUCACACAAAGCCAAAAGGCUCUCAAAAAAAAAAUACAGAAUUAAAUCUUGUUUGGAAUAAAAGAACGAAAGAAAUUCUCGAAUUAUACCGAGUUCUUAAAAAUAAAAAAAAUAUUGUGUUCAUGCAGAAUGUAAAUAUGUCGAUUGUGGUCGAAGAGGAAGUGCUCGAGUGUAUCCAUGCUUCCACAGUAGAACGCUUCUACCUCAGCUGAGGGGGCUGUGAUAGGCAGCACGCGCCCACCAUACCCCCGCCUGGCGCCUACCCGCGCCACCAUACCUCAGUCCCCUGGAACACUUCUCUAUGCAUGGGCGCUGCGGCGAGCACUUGCUCAUGUGAUUUCCCCCCCCCCCCUUUUCUGACAUUGCGCUUUAUCUGAGGGGCACAAGUGACACAUUAUCCUCCCCUCACGCUCCGUUUUGUUCUACCUCUUUAGACACGUAUUUGAAUUAGAGGCAUACUUCUAUUUGUUAGAUUAAUAGGGUUCCUUCUUGCCUUCCAACCUCUACACCCCAGCUUUCCCCGAUUAUUAAUAAAAAUUUAAAAUAAUCAUGUACUCUUUAGAAUUUGAAAGAAUAAUCGAGAAAAUUGAUCGGAAAUUUCAAUUUGCCUGCGUUUAUUUAUAUAUAAACUUCUCUAGUUUAAUAGAAAAACUCACAUUUCUUUUCUUUCUGCUUCCAUUCUUUUUUUUUGGUGGUGUGGCUUCCAUGUAUUAAACUUUUCUUGCUUGGUUUUCUUAAAGGUCAAAUCACCUGUUUGCUUUUGGAUUCAAUGGAUUAAAAGUAUUAAAAAAAUAUAUAUAUACUGUUUAUAAAAAGGGCCUGCCUUUUUUGUUUCUGGUUUCGAAGAAGAAAAAAAGAGAUGUGCAAGUCCAGUCUUUUUCUUUCCUAUUAUGUCUUCACUGAUGCUGCAUUCACCUGCUGAUUUCGAUUGCAAUUUGUUGUGUUAGCAUUCUUGGCUGUGUAAUAUGGAAAAUCAUGUUGGUGUGGGACGGAUGAGGGACUUGGUUUGGGAGUAUUUACAGAGAAGUGGUGUGUGGUUUGGGCUUUGUCUGCCGUCACCCACCUCCCCACCCCAUAAUUGCGACCAUGCUUGUGCCCCCUCACCUCCCUGCCCCUUCUCACUCACACAGCUCCACUGGUCAAAUUGCCUCUGAAAUAAAUAAAAAAACAGAAAUUGGCUCC